AUGGACAACUCUUCGCCCGUGCCGGCGGCUGGAUCUCCGAGGGCUCUGGAGCUUACGCCUCGGUCGAAGGUGGCGAAAAUGUUGGCUGACAUCGAUAAUGCUACAACUCCUUCUCCACCACAACUCCUCGGCAAGGAUGUCCAGGCUUCAGCUCCCAUGUCAGGUGCCGAAUCGACGUCGAAGGCCAAGGGCCUUGACAUCUUUUCGUCAGCCAAGCCCCAGCACAGCAGCAGCCGAGAUGCCUCAGAUGAUGAAGAUGACGACCUUGUCCCGCAACGGCGACCACAGGGUCGGGCAGCGAGGCGCAUGCUCGGCGUACAGACCAAGUCUCCAGCUGCAGAUAGGCGCAUGAGCUUUUUGCCACCGCAUCCAGAGCCAGCCAUGGAAGACGAUGAAGAUCUGUAUUCAGUCACGCCACAUCUGCAACGGAUCAUUCCACGAGCACUUACUGGGUCACCAGUAGGAAGUGCCAAGAGCGCCGGACUUUUCGUCAGCCCAACCAGAUCUGCUGCAAAUGACGGCAGUGACAGUGAAGAGCUCCCGUCUAACCCGUUCGGUAGCAAGGAAAAGCUUGCGAAGCUCGUCGCACAGAAAAAGCAGGAACGACUCCAGCGCGAAGGAGAAGAACGAAGCAGGCAAAGGCUUACGCAAAAGCGCAAGCGAGCUUCUUCUCCAUCUGACCAUGUCUCAUCAGAUCUACCAGACGGAAUGCUGGAUAGCUCGCAACACGAAGGCAAUCCAGAGAUCGCACAGCUCAUGUCUGAUGCAGCACGCCCCACUCGAAAGGCUAGCAAACGAGCUCUCUUGGAGAUGGAAAGAGAGACUCAGCGUCUAGCACGGCAACAAGCUUUGGCGCAUCAGAUGAAGGUGAAACGAAAGUUCACCACAAGUGACCUGCUUACGCGGUUUAACAUGGGACCCGGCCAAACUGUACCCGAGCAAGCUACUGCAGGUGACUCAACAGCAUCCUCUGCACUCAAUAGCGAUGGAUCAGAGCCCAAGGAGCCGGCUAGCACGCCACCUUCGAGUCCACCAAUCGCGCGACCCACCCCGCUGGACAAACAAAAGGCUCUGGUCGACCGAGGUGCACUGAGCAAGCUUGUACCAGUCCGGGAGGAUAGUAUUGCAAGCUUGGCGUCAAUGGUGCAGGAGGACGAGGAUCUUCCUGAGAUUGCGGAUGUGCUGCGAUCUUCUCAGACACUGAUAAAGAGAUCUCCGUUGACGGAAAGAUUGCAGUCUGUGGCCGCCGAGAAGCUCGGCCGGCGAGGAUUGAAGUUGGCCAGGUUUGGCAAGAAAGCAGCGCAGACUUCUCACGCGGAUAGUGAGGACGACGAGUUGGAUAUCGUUGCUCCUCUUCCAUCUCAUCUAUCAAUUUUCGACAAGAUCAAGACAAAGGACAGUAGCACGCUCGCAGACAGCAAAGCGUUGCACGCUCUCAGACAUCUCUCCCACGCUGGAGCAUACGAAGCCGUGAAGACUAAGCCUGGGAAGGGGUCGUCUCGCCCAUCUAUUGGCGCGAACACACUACAAGCCCAGCUAAUGCGCAAGGCCAAGGAGCAGGCUCGGCUUCUGCAAAAAGAGCGCAUUGCCGAUUUGCAAGCCAAGGGUGUGGUCAUACAAACGACUGAAGAGCGGGAACGAGAACAGGAGGUGUUCGAAAACUUGCUUGACAAGGCUCGGCAGGAGGCAGUCGAGUUAAGGAAGGCAGAGAAGGCUGCAGCUAAGGGGGGCGGAGUCGAAGUGAACACUAAUGAAACGAGCGAUGACGAAAACGAGGACGAGGACUAUGCUGGGUCUGGGAGUGAAUCAGAGGAGGCGGGUGAGCCGGAUGGGGCCCAGGAUGUGGACGAUUUGGUCGAUGAAGCGGCAGAGGAGUCUGACGAGAACGAGGACGCUGAAGGCGACGUUGAUGGUGGCGUGGAAGUUGGGGAUGAUCAGCAUGUAAGUGCUGAAGAGUCUGUCAUUGCGACUGCUAACGGCGAGACCGCUGCGGUGGAGGAGGGCCUGUUCACAACACCGGCGCCGGGAGCUCGACGAUUGCGACAGUCCCGCGUCAUCCAAGAUGAAGAUGAUAGUGAUGCUGAUGACGAGGCCGAUGGUAUCGCUGGCAAGGCUGCUGCGGAGAUUGCAGCAGCAGCAGACGAUCCAUUUGCUGCGUUCAACUUUGGCUCGAAGGGUGGAAUCGGCAAUGCUCUAAUGAGUCCAACCCAGGCAUUCCAAGCUACAAUGCAGACACCAACUCAAGCCACGCAAGAGGACUCCUUCGAUAUGCUCCGCAUGAUCGCCCCCCCAUCGGCUACUUCGCUGUCGACGACUGUUCGAGGAGACUUCGAUACGCAAGAGGAAGACACCCAGCUCGAGACCGUGCCAGGUAGCCAAAGCCAGCUGCCAGAAAGUCAAAGAAUCAACUUGGGCUGGGAGACCCAAGCGCCCAAGACGCCAACAGUGCCUGGCAUCGGUCGCGGUGGUUCCGCAUUGAGCGAGACUCCAGGCUGGGAGCCGACGCAAGACGCUGGUCUACCGUCGCCCUGGAAUGCAAAGCUGCGGAGAGAAGAGACUCUCGACUCUGUCUCCGAGGACCACGAAACGCAAGAGACUGUGCUCCUCCGCAUCAGCGAAUCACCAGCUGUCGCGCCUACUCCUACACUGCGCCGAGGCCGCCUGAUGCGGCGACAAGCUACUAUUCUGGCACACAGCUCUGACAACGAGAACGAGCCGAUCGUCCGGGCGAAGACUGCACAGAGCAACGCUUUCCGCGAAAUGGCUCGCCGUCGUCGUGAGGCUCUUACCGCUGCAGAACGUACAGAAGUCGACAAAGAAAUGAAGGAGAUGCUCGAGGAAGCGGCUGAUGAGUCUGACGACGAGUACGCUGGUCUUGGAGGAGAUGACUUUGUUGCGCCAGAGACAGAAGCGGACAGGGAGAUGAUCGACUCGAGCCAUGUCGACGUGGAUGAGCGACAGAUAGCUAAGCUGUUCGCCGAGAAGCAACGGCAGCGUGAAGAAGAGGAAACGAGUAAGCUGUACAAGGAUUUGACCACUGGUGCUUUGAGAAGAAAACAAGCAGGUGCAUGGGGUCUUGACGAAGAUGAGGACGAGUCAGCCGUGAGACGUCGACAAACCAAGCAGCGUGAAGAAGCCCGUAAGCGCAAACUACUGCUGCAGGACGACAAGAUUGCCGGGCUUGCUCAGGGCAAGCAGUCGAAGGGCAAGGAUGCUUUCCUCAAAGCUAUCGCUGACGACGACGAGGGAGAUGAGCUUCUGGGCUUGUCUGACGACGAAGCCGAUAGCCAGCCCGCUACAGACUCGCAGCUCGACGAAUCUCACCAACAAGCGGUCGAGGGACCAUUACAGGAAGUCAGUGGUAACAAGCGUCGGUCUGACGAUAGCCAAAAUGACAGUCAAGAUCGGCCGCUAGCCAAGCGAAGAGUCGAAGCCAAUGCCUUUCGGAAGCCAGCAAGUCUGCUCGAGGUCCGAGAAUCACUUAGCUUCCUGCUUGAUGAGCCGGAUACUGGAUUGGUCGGCGCGAACAUCGAGCUAGAUCCAGGCUCGGACGUCGAGCACCAGUCGGACUACGGCCUCAGUGAUGAAGAGAUCGAAACUAUGGAUGAGGAUGCAGAGCAAGCAGAACACGCGAGGCAGAAUGACGGCGGCUUUGCGCCGAACCAGAGAGACUUCGAUGCCAUAGCUAUGCCGCCUCCUCGCCUACCAGCCCCCCAACGGCGCACGCAGGCUCCGCCAGCUAAGACAGCUGUGGUCGAUCGCCUCAGCCUGAAGCGUGGCUCCUCCGCAGGAUUCGACGGUGCCCUCGGUCGUUCAGCCUGGGCCGCACCGGCCUCUACCGGCAGCAUGAAAGUGCCGUCAUUGCUCCGCCGCGCCACAACCAAUAUAGCUUCCACGACAGUCAACGACCGUGGUGUCACUACAGGACACGCAAGCCUGAGCAGGGAGAACAGUGGUAGUGGUGUGAAGAUGGGCGGUAGUAAGAAGAGUUCUCUGGCAUACCAGGAACGUGCGGAGGAGCGCCGGGCGAUUGUGGAGGCGAGUGCGAGGAGGAGGGAGGAGCAUACGGCGAGGAUUGCGCAGAUGAGGAGGACUAGUAGUGCACUCGGUAAAGGGCUGACAGGAAAGUUUGAGUGA